GCAGUGGUUUGGGCUUCAGCAGCCUUGGAGAAGCAUCAGCUGAGAGGAGCUAUCACAUGGGAGCCGGGAGCUGCUCAGCAAAGAUGCCUUUAUGAGGAAACUGAAGUUCAGAAGAGUCACAGAGUUAGUAAUGCCCAGACCUGGGACUGGAAGUCAAAUCUUGUGCUCCUUCUACUCCCCACCAGCUCCUGCCAUUCUGAGUCAAGAAAUCAGGAAAUUUACAUAAGCAAUCAUAAAACUUGUGCACUAUCCCAGGGCUCAGCAAAACCCUGGGAAAGGGAGACAGCAUUAGAAUCCCUGGAUAACAAUCCCGGAAAGGGGAAAAGGGUAUGGAGAACAGAGGAAAGGAAGUGGAAAAGGAGGAGCUGGAGGCCACUCAAAAGGUGGAGUGUUGAGUGGGCAAGGCUCCCACCUCUCUCACGUCUCCUGCUUUUUUGCAGUCACCAAGGCAGACCCUGGAGCUACCUUUUGCCAGAAAGGGGAUAUAAGCCUGAGCCCUCAGCUGCCUGGCCUAGCACUCUGUACACAAACAAGCCCUAAGGCUGGUGAUAAGAGCCUGACCGAGAGGCUCCAGCAGGAGGUGCCCCCAACAAAACUGGGAAGCCUGUGCCUGGGCUUGCCAUCCCAGGGUAUCUGGACUAGGAUGGGGGAUGGGCCUGUGACAGGAGGUGCCCUGGGUGUCCUCUUUCGGCCCCAUGGAGUCCUCACCCAUUCCCCAGUCAUCAGGAAACUCUUCUACUUUAGGGAGGGUCCCUCAAACCCCAGGUCCCUCUACUGCCAGCGGAGUCCCAGAGGUGGGGCUGCGGGACAUAGCUUCAGAAUCUGUGGCUCUCUUCUUCAUGCUCCUGCUGGACUUGACUGCUGUGGCUGGCAAUGCUGCUGUGAUGGCUGUUAUUGCCAAGACACCCGCCCUCCGAAAAUUUGUCUUUGUCUUCCACCUCUGCCUGGUGGACCUGAUGGCCGCCCUGACCCUCAUGCCCCUGGCCAUGCUCUCCAGCUCCGCCCUCUUUGACCAUGCCCUCUUUGGGGAGGUGGCCUGUCGCCUCUACUUGUUCCUGAGUGUAUGCUUUGUCAGCCUGGCCAUCCUCUCUGUGUCGGCAAUCAACGUGGAGCGCUAUUAUUACGUGGUCCACCCCAUGCGCUAUGAGGUGCGCAUGACGCUGGGGCUGGUGGCCUCUGUGCUGGUGGGUGUGUGGGUGAAAGCCUUGGCCAUGGCAUCUGUGCCAGUGUUGGGGAGGGUCUCCUGGGAGGAAGGAGCUCCCAGGGUCCCCCCAGGCUGUUCACUCCAAUGGAGCCACAGUGCCUACUGCCAGCUUUUUGUGGUUGUCUUUGCUGUCCUUUACUUCUUGUUGCCCCUGCUCCUCAUCCUUGUGGUCUACUGCAGCAUGUUCCGAGUGGCUCGUGUGGCUGCCAUGCAGCAUGGGCCACUGCCCACAUGGAUGGAGACACCCCGGCAACGCUCCGAGUCUCUCAGCAGCCGCUCCACUAUGGUCACCAGCUCAGGGGCCCCCCAGACCACCCCACACCGGACGUUUGGAGGAGGGAAGGCGGCAGUGGUCCUCCUGGCUGUGGGGGGACAGUUCUUGCUCUGUUGGUUGCCCUAUUUCUCUUUCCACCUCUACGUUGCCCUGAGUGCUCAGCCCAUUUCGACUGGGCAGGUGGAGAGUGUGGUGACCUGGAUUGGCUACUUUUGCUUCACUUCCAACCCUUUCUUCUAUGGAUGUCUCAACCGGCAGAUCCGGGGGGAGCUCAGCAAGCAGUUUGUCUGCUUCUUCAAGCCAGCUCCAGAGGAAGAGCUAAGGCUGCCUAGCCGGGAGGGAUCCAUUGAGGAGAAUUUCCUGCAGUUCCUUCAGGGGACUGGCUGUCCCACCGAGUCCUGGGUUUCCCGACCGCUACCCAGCCCCAAGCAGGAGCCACCUGCUGUUGACUUUCGAAUCCCAGGCCAGAUAGCUGAGGAGACCUCUGAGUUCCUGGAGCAGCAACUCACCAGUGACAUCAUCAUGUCAGACAGCUACCUCCGUCCUGCCCCCUCACCCCGGCUGGAAUCAUGAUGGGCCACUGGACACUUGGAGGGAGAUGGGACUGGGGGCUGGUUAUGAUCGCAAGGACCACCUUGUGGGAUCACCUUUUCCCAGCUGGCUGGGGCUGGGAUUGGGGUCUCCAUGCACAGCUUUUGCAUAAUGGUUCCUGUGUCAGGAACAGAGCCAACAGGAUGGAUGUGUGGCAAAAGCCUUGGAUUUGGCUGUGUCUUUGACUACUGGGGGAGGGAUCCUGGGUAUGGUGAGGCGGUGACGAGAAGAAAGGGUCACAAAGGACUGGCUUCCCUGAUCUCUCUCCUCAUGGCAGUGACCCACCUCCAGCUUCCUGGACAAUCGGGUACAAGAGACUAAGGUUGGGAAUGGGAAGGGUGGGGUUUCCAUGGUCCAUUAAAUGCCUCUCUACUUCCAUUCAUCGCUCUCAAAAUUAGCUUCAGUGACAAAGACUUAAAUCUCUCUCCUAACUGCAGCCCUGGGUUGGAAAGAGGGCACAGGAGCUGGGCUCAGCUGUUCACUGAUUGAGACUGUAGGAACAGUGUUGGGUGGUAUUUUCAACAGAGAGGGAAUAAUUGCAAACUGGACAGGACAUCCAUCUGGGAUCACCUGUUCAUCCCACUUCCCUCAGUUGAAUCAGGUAACACUAAAGAAUAAGGAAGGUCCAAAGGGUGGUGUGGUCUGUAUUUGAACAAAUUCCUGGCUCACUGAGCAUCAAAGGGGGAAAAUGGACUGAUGGGAGUGGGAUAGUUUCCCCUUUGAACAGCCAAUAAAUAAUUUCAUGAUAAAAAGUCA